AUGAAGAGGUAUUUUAAAAGUAUACAAGAGUCUUCAACUUCUAUGGGAAAGAGUGAUGGAAUUGUAAAAUCAAGUUGUGUGGAUGUUAACACAUAUCUUGAAGAACUUGAAAGUGACCCUCGGUUGAGAAUACCAAUUUUAGAUCAUCCUUUAAAAGUUCAUGAUCAAGUUCGACGAGCAUAUAUGCAAAAAGACCCUUGUCAACCUCAUCUCAAGCCAUUUCCAUCAGAAAAGGUUGGACCUCAAUCAAGGGCCUUCAACGGUGCUUGGUAUGCAGACUAUCAGGAUUGGCUUGAAUAUAGUGUAUCAAAGGAUGCAGCUUUUUGUUUAUAUUGCUAUCUAUUUAAAGAAGAUUUUGGAGGGCAAUCGGGUGGUGAUGCAUUUGUUAGUAAAGGAUUUAGAAAUUUCAAACUUGCAAAAUCAAGGCUUCAUACUCAUGUUGGAAAACCUUUUAGUGCUCACAAUACAGCUAGGAAAAUGUUGGUUGAUUGCAUUCUUUUGCUAUUACGACACGGACUUGAUUUUCGUGGUGAUGAUGAAUCUGAAGACUCGAGCAAUCAAGGUAACUUUCUUGCAAUUCUAAAAUUUUUUGCCGAUCAUGAUGAUGACAUCAGAGCAGUUUCAUUGAGCAAUGCUCCUGAGAAUUUAAGAAUAACAUCACCUGAUAUUCAGAAAGAUAUUGUACGGGUUGUAGCUUUUGAAACUCUAGAUGUCAUCAUUAAAGGAAUUGGGGAUUCAAUGUUUUCUAUUUUAGUUGAUAAAUCUCGUGAUGUUUCUAUUAAAGAGCAAAUGGCUAUUGUUUUACGAUAUGGAUUGAGCAUAUCUAAAUUGAAGGGACAAGGUUAUGAUGGGGCAAGUAAUAUGCAAGGAGAGUUCAAAGGUCUUAAAACUCUUAUUUUGAAAGAGAAUUCAUCAGCCUUUUAUGUUCAUUGUUUCGCUCACCAACUUCAACUUGCUCUAGUAGCCGUGGCAAAGAAAUAUAUUCUAGUCGACUAUCUUUUUAGUGUGGUAACUAAGGUGAUAAAUGUUGUUGGAUCUUCUUCCAAGUGUUGUGAUAUUCUUAGAGAAAAGCAAGAUGUUGUUAUUUCUGAAGCACUCAAGCGUGGUGAAAUUGCAAGUGGAAGAGGGCUAAAUCAAGAAACCAAUCUUAAGCGUCCAAGUGAUACUCAUUGGGAUUCUUAUUAUGCUACAUUGGUAAGUUUAAUUAACUUAUUCUCUCCCAUAAAUGAUGUUCUUGGAACAAUAGCAGACGAUGCUCGAGAAUCUGAACAAAAGUGUGAAGCAAGUAAUCUAAUGGGUUUGAUGUCGACAUUUGAUUUUAUAUUUAGUCUACAUUUUAUGAAAUUAUUGUUGGGAAUAACAAAUGAAUUGCCAAAAGCAUUACAGAGAAAAUAUCAAGAUAUUGCAAAUGCUAUGAAAUUAGUGGAAAUUUGCAAGAAAUGA